CCCGGCCUCAAGGAUACAUUUUUUCUUGAUUUCCCUCAAACCAUACAAGGAAACAUUUCCCUUCCAAAAUAUUGGAAACGAAUCUUGAAAAUCCGGCGCCGGCGGCGGUCUAACUCCGGCGUACUGGGUUUCUUCUUUCUCUUUCUCAUGGAAUCAAUUAUCUUACAAACUCAACCAUUACAAUUUAUGAACCCAAUUACUUCAAAAUUCAUUCCCACAAUUCGAUUUACUACUUCCUCUGUAGCAUUCAAGCUCUUCUCAUCUUCAUCUUCAUCUUCAGCAGCCAUUACCACAGUUGCCCCUGUCAUAGAGCAAAACCCAUCUCCUGAACCAGCUAUUUCUCCGAGAAAUGGGGUUGUAAAGGCUAGGGGUAGUAAAGGAAUUUUGGAAGCUCAGCUGAAAAUGGGCUGGUUGGAGUCUUUGUCUUGCCCAUUUCCAUGUACAAAGCCUUUGGACAGUGGUUGGGUUAUUGGGGUUGACCCGGAUACUUCUGGUGCUUUGGCACUCUUGAAACCAAAUCAGCCUCCUCAGGUGUUUGAUUCUCCUCACUUGAAGGUACUUGUCGGAAAAGGAGUGCGGAAACGCUUAGAUGCAAAAGCUAUUGUUCAGUUGCUUCAAAGUUUUGAAGCCCCUUUAGGAACAACUGUGUAUAUUGAACAAUCAACUCCGUAUCCACAAGAUGGUAAGCAGGGAUGGUGGAGUGGAGGAUUCGGCUAUGGACUAUGGAUUGGGUUGUUAGUUGCAUCCGGAUUUUCCGUUACUCCUGUGCCAUCAAGUGCAUGGAAGAAUGAGUUUCGACUUACAAGAGAACGUUCAAACAAGGAUUAUAGCAGGGAACUAGCAUCUUCAUUGUUUCCCUCUUUGAGUUCUUCAUUGAAAAGGAAGAAAGAUCACGGUCGAGCUGAGGCUCUUCUCAUUGCUGCUUAUGGCAAAGGCAUCAAAAUAAAUUCUGAUCCUCCUUGCACCGUGGAAAAUUCAGAUGCCUUAGCAACUGGAGAAGAGCUAGUCAAUGAAUUCCAUCUUUUAUCAACUCCAACGCUUAACAAUUAGUCGACGAGGCUUUUCAAUCAAUUCGACUUUUUUCCAACUGACUAUAUGAAAUCUCAACGUAAGCAUUGGCGAAAAUCGAACUCAUCCUUUCUGUGUUAACUUAAUUGUUAGCUCUGAUGUAAUGUAGUAUCUUCAUCUAAGAUUGUAUGAUAAGUAGUGUAGUUGCCUUCAUUAUAGGGAAGGAGAAUUAGAGACCUUAGUUCUUGGCCUAUAUUGUUUCAUCAUUUGUAUUGAAUGAACAUUUAGCAUGAAACAUUGUUAUGUAUUUAUUUUCAUUCACAUACA